UCAGUCAGUUAGUUUUCCCCGUGGUGUGGCCCGAGCAGGUCCAGUCCUUAGCUGCCGUCGUCGCAGUUGGGACCACAUUUCGUGCAGUGCUCCGCGCUCAGUGCAGUUUAGUGAAAAUUGGUUUGGUGCGAAAAUACGGAAACCUCAACCUGUUGUUCUCCGACUUUCUAGACCAAGCUCUGCUGCUGUUUGACGGACGAGAGGCCACACACUCGGCGGAAGGCCCCGAUAGCUUGAGUGGUCGCGCGUGGCAGGGCCGGCAGGAGCGCCCUGACUGAGAGGUUGUUUGUUGUGCUGAUCGAAGCAGGAAGCAAGGGAUGGAGCGCGAAUCCGAGCAGAUGCAGGCGUCGCAGCCGACGCUGUGCCGCUCCGGCUGUGGUUUCUACGGCUCGGCGGCCACCGACAACAUGUGCUCGCUGUGCUACAAGAAGGAGCUCAAGAAGAAGCAGCAGCCGCCGCAGGACGCCCGUCCCGUCGUCCAAGCCAGCCCUCAGCAGCCCCCCUCCAACUUCAUCCCCAUGUCCAGUUCCUCGAGCAUGGAGACGGCGCAACCCACCAUCCCUGCCAUCCCCAACUCCCCCAGCGAACUCCUCCUCUCCAAAGAUCUGUGUGCCGAUCUCGAGGGAGCUGGGGCGAGCAGUUCCAGUAGCGUCGAAGGCGCCGACGUCGACUCGUCCAAACUGGCCGACGACUCAGGUUCGGACAAGGACUCAAAUGGAAAGACCAAGAAGAAGAACCGAUGUGUUACCUGCCGCAAGAAGGUUGGCCUCACAGGCUUCGAGUGCCGCUGCGGAGGUCUCUACUGCUCACUGCACCGGUACUCGGACAUGCACGAGUGUUCGUUUGACUACCGAGAGUUGGGUGCCCAGGAGAUCCGGCGCAACAACCCUGUCGUGGUCGGCGAGAAGAUCCAGAAGAUUUGAGAGGCUUCUCCUUUCUGUACCUUCUCGUGAUGGCCUUGAAAUAGACUGAAUUUGCCGCCGCCGCAUCAGGGAGUGAGCUGCUGGUUUUACUUUUUGCUUUGGUUCGUUCGUUAGUUCGUUUGAAAAAAAAUAAUAAGAAGAAUCGCGAAAUAAUAUUUGCAUGACACACACUUCUACACACACACACAUACACACUUUUAGAAGAGAAAUAAAUUAAAAGCAGACACUUGAGUUUGGUAAUUAAAUAAAUUCUUCUUCCACGUACACUCUCGGAACAGACACACACACAAUUUUAUCUUAUUAUUAUUAUAAAAAAAAGAAAGAAUCGAAUGCGGAAAAACAAACCUAUCUGUCCAUUACUGCUAAAAUGAAAAGAAAGGAAGAAAGGACGAAGGCUUCUCUCCCUCUUCACCAACAACCAACCAAUCAGCCAGCCAAGAUUAAAUGAACACUCGGAAUAUCAAAAGCAACGGGGUCAGCCGAAAAGUGAACACUUACUAAUAAUAAUAAUUGCGAGUAACUAAAUAUGAAUUGAUGAAUAAUUACACUUGUAAGCUGAAUUCUUCGUUUGUAGCGGAAGGAAGGAAAGAAAGAAAGACUUUGUUUGAUUGCUGUUUUUGUGGUUAUUACACAACACACGUUUAUGAUUAUCAUUACUCAGAUUAGCGCAAGUGGACGAUGUUAGUUUUUGGUGUUUCCAGCUGCUAAUGUUUCUUAUCCGGUUUUACUUUGUGCGUGUUGGUGUGAGUGAAGCGAAUAAGCGGGAGCUGCCCAAUGAGAAGCAGUUUCUCCUCGUCUCGAGUGCGAUAUUUCGACAACAAUAAUGGAUUUUUUUUUCUGAAUUUUCGUUUGACGCCUUGUUGGAGUGAAUACAAUAAAAUUUUGUUGUAAGCGAAACGGGCGAAAUGUGGCGCCUGCCUCUUUCCACUGUGCGUUUUCUCCAUUUUUGGCAUGGUGGGAGCGACGCCGCCCGUUUCGGUUUCCAUCUUCCUCUUUUGCUUGAUUCAAUUGUUAGUAGAAACAACUUAAAAUUUUUGCAUAUUGCUGAUCGGAAAAAAAAUCACUCUCUCGAGUAAUUAUUGUUCGUUAGGGGUCCUUAUUGUAGCUUGAAGUGUGAUUUAAAUCUAUUACGGUAUAAUUUAAUAAUGAAAGUGUAUCGUUUGUUAAAUAUUAUUUCGUAUAUCAUCUCUAAUUAUAUGCCGAUAUAGCCUGUCUUGUGUGUAAGAAAAGAAGUUGAUGGUUAUUAUCACGAAAAUCUUUCAUUUAGACAACGGCCGGCAGUUAUAUGCCGACCGGCCCGCUGCUACUUUUCUGCUUGCGAAUAAAAAACGUAUAUUUCUUCUCUAUCACAAUGAUAAAAAACCAACGUUUUAGAUUGAGAACGCGAAAUUUAUUGUGUACAUUGCUAUCCAAUCCAAUCGAUUAAUUACGUACUAUCGAAAUAGCGGGCAAGAAUUUCCCUCGGAUAUAAAACAAACAAACUACUUUGGGCUUGCUGUCCGGAUUCAAGUGAAUCCUCCUACUGUGAUUAAACAAUAAAAUGGAACAUGAAAUUAACAAAGAACAGAGGUCGAAAAUUCUUGCCCCGAGCUUUGUAUAAAACUUAACAUGAUUGUUGCGAGUAGUAAUGUAAAAACAGAACAGGCUGCACGAAUACAAGUUGCAUGUUUUUGCAUUAUAUCUUUCGUUCUUUGUUCACCUGAUGACGACAAUGUUCUUUAUAAUCCCCCCUUGGGUUAUUUUUCCUUUUAGUUUUGUGGUAUUUAACAAGAGCAAUGUUCUUUCAAAUUAUGCUGAUGUAUGUGAGGUCCCUUAUAUAAAUAAAAAAGUUAUAAAAAAUUA